AUGCUAUACGUUGACAAUAUUGUGUUGGAUGUAGAAACUAGUGAGGAGGCUAAUGCUAAAGUAGAAGAGUGGAGGGCGAUUUUUGAAAGCAAAAGGCUGCGUAUUAGUCGUACAAAAACAGAAUAUUUAAGAUGGUCUACUUUCCAAAGUAAUGGGAAGAUCGAUGGAGAUGUUACACAUUGUAUAAAAGCUAGCUUGCUUAAGUGGAGAGCGGCCACAAGAGUAUUACGUGAUAAGAAGUUCUCAAUUAGAUUGAAAAGUAAAUUCUACAGGGUUGUCAUUAGGCCAACAUUGUUGUAUGGGUCAAAGUGUUGA